CGUUAUUAUCUCACGGGUUGCCAGGAUAAAUUAAUAAACACUUCAUUUUGAUCGACUCCUGGCAUUCAGAAAUUCCUGUGUCGUAUUCCUGUUCCUUGUUUCGCCACAACGAGUCACUAGUGAUCCCUUGUGCGACCUUUAGUUGUUAUCUGCAGUUCUUACGAGAGGGGUGACAAUAUACACUUGAACAAUGAGAGUUUUCCACGUAUUGUUAGCCGUGAUUACGAUGUUGUAUUCAAAGGGAGUAAAUCCUGCGCAUUUAAAACAGCCAAGACAUGGGAUCAAAGAGCAAGUCGAAGCGAAAUUGACAAAGAUCAGUGAUGCUCCAACACUUCGUUACAAACUUCAUAUUUUCGGUGAAGAUCUCACACUGAAUCUCUUCAGAAAUAAACAGUUGGCAAUACCCCAUGCUCAAGUUAUACGACGUGACAACGGCCGCACCGUAUCACGGGAAAAUCUAGAUGAUUAUUACACAGGGCACAUCGAAGGAAAGCCUGGGUCAAAUUUAGCUGUUAAAAUCCAUAAUGGUUGCCUGUCCGGAGUAAUUAUGACCGACAGUCAUAUUAUAACAAUUCAUGGCGUAAACGAAAGUCUUCAUCAUGUUAUAACCAGACAAGAACACGAGGACAGUGCAUUGCGUCAAGGCGGUGAUAAUUCAUCACCCAACGCUAUUCCACAUGUGACAAGGAAAAAACGUUCGGCAUCAGACAAUCGUUAUGUCGAAGUCCUGGUCGUCGCUGAUCGAUACACAACCGAGGCUUAUGGAAAUUUCACUGAACAAUAUCUUAUGUCUGUCGUUUACCUUUUGAAUGCUGUGAUGCAAGAUGAUUCGAUUGGAGAUGUUAAAGUUAUCUAUACAGUCGUAAAGCUUAUGAUCCUAUCUGGUGAAGAGGAAGGCUUUGACGUCGACAAGAAUAAUAUAGUGAGUUCUAUGGGUUAUAUUAGUUUAUUCGCAACCUGGACUUCAACGCUCAACAAUCCUGACGACAGUAGUCCUGAGCAUUUCGAUCAAGCUAUCCUAAUUACAAAAAAAGUUUGCGGCAAGGGUUCUAGUUGUCCUGAGAAUGGUCGUGGAUAUUUGAAUGAUAUGUGCCACAGUGUUCGGUCAGUUGCCACAACCAUAGCCGCUGGUCUGAGUGCUGCGCUAACAGCGGCUCACGAGAGUGGACACAAUUUAGGUCUAGGUCAUGACUCGGGUGAUUGUUCAAAAGGUUACAUCAUGAAUUCUAUUCUGGCUUCUGGAAAAAAUGCGUUUAGUUGGUCCUCAUGCAGUCGAACGAAUCUUCAAUCUUCGUUUAGUAGCAAUAAAUUCUCGUGCCUGAAUGACGUUCCUCCUGGACUUGAAACCAUAGAAGAUUUGAGUGUUGUGAAUCUUGCCAAGAAUUUCUCUGGUGAUGAGCAAUGUCGACUAAUGUAUGGAGAUAAAUUUUCUCACUGUGGACCUUAUAAGAGUGAUUGUACAGUAUUAUACUGCCGUGAGUCUGGUACGAAUACUUGUAGACAUCGCUCAACCCCACCAUUGGAAGGCACAGAGUGCGGAACAUACAAGUGGUGUAAAAAUGGUAAAUGUGUGGAUAAACCAAUUCCUGAUCCAAUUGAUGGUCAAUGGGGUUCAUGGUCUCAGACAUUUUCAAGUUGUACAUCAUCUUGUGGUAUGGGAGUUCGCUAUAGAACACGCUCCUGUGACAGCCCUCCACCUGAAUAUUUUGGCAAAAAUUGCGUGGGGGAGAGUAAAGGUCACUAUGAAACAUGCAAUACUGAAGAUUGUCCCGCGGGCACGGAUGAUUUAUUUACAAAACAAUGUAAAGAAAAAAGUCAAUCGUACUCUCCGUACACAGGACGUUCAUCAUGUCUCUUGAAUUGUCUGUCAGGCAGAUCUGUUAUUUCUUACCAGUCAACAGUUGUUGAUGGAACUUUAUGUUCAAAAUAUCAAGAUGAGAGAGAUGUUUGUGUCUCAGGCGUUUGUACUAAAGUUGGGUGUAACCGAACAUUUGCUCGGAAAUCUUACGACCGUUGCCGAGUGUGUUCCGGAGAUGGGUCAACAUGUCGAUUGGUGAAUAGUUCGUAUAAUACAGUUCACAAAGGCUACGGAAAGAACGCAGCUGCGGUAAUGUUUACUUUACCAACUGGCUCCGCUAAUCUUCUUGUUCAGGAGAAAUUAAAGACUUGGAAUAACAUAGGUUUAAAGGAUCAAAACGAUAAUUGGAUUAUCCAUGAUCAAACGGGUAGUUCAGUGAAAUUCUUCGCUGGUUCCAGGAUAACGUUUGAACGUUCUGCAUCACGCUCUCUGGAGACCAUGGCUAUUGAUGGACCAACCACUGAACCACUAAAAGUUAUGUUUAUUUACUUCUAUGAGAAUAAUGAUGGAGUUCUUUACGAAUACUAUGAACGUCUAUCGACGCCUGAUGCAACACCACUUACAUUCAUCUGGAGGUAUUCAUUAAGUGAGUGUAAUGCUGUGUGUGCUGGAGGUGUGAAAACAAAGAUAACGACUUGCCAUCGUCAAGAUGAUGGUACUGAAGUGGGUAAAAAUAAUUGCGAUUCUUCGACAGAACCAGUUGAUACUGUGGCUUGUAAUACGAACCCUUGUGAACCAAGUUGGGAAGAGGAUAAUUGGAGAGAUUGUAGUGCUGACUGUGGUCCUAACGGUACUCGGAGUAGAACCGUAGAAUGUCGUCAGAAAGUCAGUGCUGAUGUUGUAAAAGUGUUAGCUGAUGAUAAGUGCAGUGGAAGCAAACCAAUUGAUUCUGAAAAUUGCAAUCGUAAGGACUGUGCGCCAGAAUGGUUUCCAGCAGCUUGGUCAGCGUGUUCAAAAGAGAAAUGCGAAGGUAUUAGGACAAGAACUCUGUCGUGCAAGAAACUCCUGGUUUCGGGUCAAACAAAAGAUAUGACAGACUCGGAUUGCCCGAGCACAAAACCGAUAACAGAAUUGAUAUGUAAUUUAGGCGUGAAAUGCUAUGAUUGGAAACAUGUUUACCCCAACUGCUCUGAAUGUCGAGGUUAUUUUGGGGGCGAAGAAAAGGUUGAAUAUAAGCCUGUUGGUUGUUACAAAAUAAAAAACAGAAACUUUGGUGCCGCGUUGAAUUCUUUUACCAUUGAUACUAACAAUAAAAAUGACGUUGUAAAAAAUUGUGGCCGCCUUGCUUGGGAGAGAGCUAGACGUAUGUUCGCUGUUUCUGGUAAUGGUGAUUGUUAUGGCUCAAUGAAUGCACAUCGUGUGUUCUCUCAAGGUGGCGAGGCUAGCGAUUGUACAGGGAAUAUCAUUGGUGGUGAAGAUUCUGUUUAUGUUUAUGCUCUCAAUGGCAAAGUAUUGUUGCCUACCCCGACAUGUUACAGUGUUGAAGAUGACAAAUUGCUAACAGAUAAUUCACAAUGUGACCUAAAUGAAAAACCUGCACCCAAAAUUCAAGUCUGCUGUGAAGAUAUGUGUCAAGAGAACUGUUAUAAAACAUCAACUGAAGAUAAGUAUUGCGCCAUACCAUUCAUAUACAAAGGCAAAUCCUACUAUGAAUGCAUUCCAAAUGAAAAGGGACGAAUGUGGUGUUCCACUACAAGCAAUUAUGACUUGGAUGGUGAAGGUGCCGAGUGUGAGGAACCAUGUCGUAGACGCACGACCUCUGGCAAAUGUUGUUCUUUCCCGUUCAUCUAUCGUGGCAGACUCUACAACACUUGUACCAGUGCUGGUGUUGCUCAACCUUGGUGUUCUUUAACUUCGAACUAUGAUCUCGAUCGUCUCCGUGAGACAUGCGUGUGAAUAGUAAAUCACUAGUUAUCGUUGUGGUUUCGUGGUCUCUGUAGUAUCUUUUAUAUUGCGUUUCAACUAGAAACUGGGGGUUCAGCAUAUUCCAGCGAUUUUUUUUUUCUUUUUGCGGGUGUUUUCAUUUUUGCGGAACUAUAUAACUGAUGACUGUAUAGUAUAGUAUAUUAACUGAUGACUGCAUAGUAUAGCAGCUGAUCUACUGUACCGUCUCUUGGUGGAAUUAAUCAUUAAAAUAUAUAAAAACA